AUGGCGGGCAGAUCCGUAAUCUCUUACGACGACAUCACCCUGCCCCCAGCAGCGUCAUCCAUACAACCCCCGGCUUCCAAGAAGAGGAAGUGGAACAAUAAUCCAACAUCGACAGUGCAACACUGGGACGACCCUACCCCAAGUAUCCACGGCGGAGGCCCUUCAAACAAGCAAACUAAAGCCAAGGAUAAAGAAGUGGUCUUUGAUGACGAUGAAGCGGAACGGGAGGACGGGGAGAGCCGUGAACUGACACACGAGGAGAUUUGGGAUGACUCCGCUUUGGUGGACGCUUGGAAUGCUGCGAUGGAAGAAUACGAAGCCUAUAAUGGACCAGAUAAGGGUACGAUGAUCAGUCAAGAUGAAGCUUUUUCGCGUGCUCUGAGUGCAAUGUAUUGGGGCGGAUAUUGGACUGCCAUGUACCAUUGCCAGAGGCAACUUUCUGGGAAUGUAAUUGCCUCGACCGUGACAGCUGGGGGCAACGACCAAGCAAACGUUGACGACGAAGAUAUGGUUUAUGAGGAAGAGGAAGAGGAAGAAGAGUUCGUUUCGACACAAAGCUCGGCCCAGGUCCAGCCCCAAAAAAUUGAAUGUUCCCCACAUGCUUUCGUCUCCAUGAACGAACAUUUGUCUGACACCGUCGCCCAAAGAAUCAAGCUGCAAAGUGGCAAGCGCGCACUCCUUUUCUCUUGA